AUGCGGCCAACACAACAGCUCCUAGGAAAGGGCUUCUUGACACGCAGUCUCGAUGAGCUGAAGCGCCGGUCUAGCAUAGCAUGGAAUCUCGAAGCUGUCAAGGGUCCCAAGGGCCCGCGCCCUCUCUACGAAUUUACCGAUAAAGAAUCUAUACGCGACUGCAUCCUCAUGUCUGACGACCUCAUCGGUGGCUCCUCCAAAUCAUACCUCGACCACGUUACCUCAUCACCAACCACACGCUCCUCCUCCUCCUCCUCCUCCUCCAACACUUCGUCGUCGCCAUCAUCAUACGCGCGUUUUCACGGCUCUAUAUCCACCGCCCUACCAAGCGACCGACUCAAAAUCAAGCGUACCGGCUACGCGGCCUUUCGCACACCCAAUCAGGCGCCGACCCUCUUCGGGAAAUCCGUUUGGGACAUUGACCCCUACAUCUAUCUCGCACUGCGCAUCAAGUCUGACGGCCGCUCGUACUUUAUCAACGUGCAGACCGAGGGCGUCGAACCUACCGAUCUACAUCAACAUCGCCUCUUUGCCAAGCGGCCGGGGCAAUGGGAGACUGUCCUUGUCAAGUGGAACGAUUUUGUGCGUACCAACUACGGCUUCGUGGUGGAACCACAGACGGAAAUCUUGCGGCAGCGUGUGGCGACUGUUGGCGUAGGAUUGACGGACCGCGUCGAGGGGCCAUUCGAGCUUUGCAUUGAGCGAGUUUGGGCAACGAACCAGCCGCCCGAGGUGGAUGGGCCCGAGAAAGAGCAAAAUGGAGCGCUCAAGACGAAAACCGGCGAAAAAGUAAGGUGGUAG